AUGGAUUUUCCUUGUUUUGGAUGGAAUCUGUUGAAAUUUAAGAAGAAACAACAGAAGACGUGUGAUAGAGAUGUGGAUGAAGACGAUGAAGACGUCGAGACAGAGAAGGAAAAGAAGAUUCAGAAGAAACCAAAGAAGUCGUCACGAUGUCUUUUACGUCUUCAUAUUUCACUUUUGAAUUCGUUGCAGAAAUGGAUUGACAGGAAUAUUGAUGAGAGACGGGCGUCGAGGAACACACAGAAUUUUGUGAAUACUGUCGAGUGCUAUAGAUCUGAAACUCAGCUAAUUAUUAAUGAAUGA